UUAACCUUGCUAAACCCUAUCAGAGACAACGGCUGCAGCCCCCACCACCAGCUGCCAUUCGCCCUCUUCUCCUCGCUGUAGAAUCUCUGUUCGGACACAUCGCCACUUCACCGUCGCACAUCGGUCAUCUUGUCGGUCGCCUCUUCGGUCACCUCGCUGUUGCUCACCUCUACGGUAAGCACUCCUCGGCCUCCUCCCUUACUAGCCACUGCUUGCUGCUUGCUUGCUUCAGUGCUUCGUCAGUUUUAUUUUUCAAUCUUCAAUGCUUCUUCUCUCGGUCGUUGUCGCCGUCGUUGACCCAACCAGCGUCGGUCACCUCACCCGCGUCCCUCUCCUUGCUACUUCACGGUUGGUCUACUUCGUCUCUGUCGCGGGUUCGCUGCCCAAAUUGCCUUUCUGUUCUGCGCCGCGAGUGAUGUCGCUGUUUGCUUCUUGGACGUCGUCGACGGAAUUUAUAGUUCAUUGAGGGAAGAAGAAAGUAUAGGUGGUUUUUCUGCACUUAGAAAUGUGGGAAAACCUAAAAAGGAUGGUAUUCUUGGAACUGCAAGCACCCCUAAGCAGCUGCACUCAUUAUGGAUAAAGGAAUUAGCAAAGGUUCUUGAAUCACCUCUGGAUAGAUGCAGGAGUGUGUGAGGUAGUGAAACACCUAAAUAUCACUUAUUUUUAUAGUGAAACAUUCACUUAACUUAUGGUCAUUGUUAUGUUUUGUGUGUAUCAGUAGAACUAGUUCAUGUCGAGUUAAAAAUGUUAUUAGCUAAUUUUUUGGGGGAGUGAGAGCGAAAGAGAGAAGUUUUAGUGCUUUGUGUUGAAUAAUUCUAAGUUACAUGGCUACAAGAUGGCCAAGGGUGUUAACACCCACUUACCUUUCUCAGAUUAUAAGAACCCAAAAGAACCCUUCAAAGGCUCUUCAAAUUUUCAAUGAUGCCAAAACCAAGUACCCUAAUUACUCCCACAAUGGUCCUGUCUAUGCAACCAUGAUCAGCAUCCUUGGAGCUUCAGGGAGGAUCAAUGACAUGAGGAGUUUGAUUGAGCAGAUGAGGGAGGAUUCAUGUGAGUGCAAAGAUUCAAUCUUUGUGUCUGCUAUCAAGACGUAUGUGAAAGCUGGGAUGCUAGAUGAAGCUGUCUCUUUGUAUAGGGAUAUUCCUCGCUUUAAUUGUGUGAAUUGGACUGAAUCUUUCAAUACCCUGAUGGAGAUAAUGGUGAAUGAGGACCGGCUUGAAUCUGCUUACCGGCUCUUUGUAGAGAGCUCUUGUGGCUGGGCGGUGAAGUCUCGUGUUCCAGCCUUGAACUUGUUUAUGUAUGCUCUCUGCCAGAAGGGCCGCUCUGAUUUGGCGUUGCAGAUAUUCCAGGAGAUGGAUUUUCAAGGUUGCUACCCGAAUAGGGACAGCUAUGUGAUCUUGAUGAAGGGAUUGUGCCAUGAUAUGAGGUUACAUGAGGCCACACAUCUUUUGUAUUCAAUGUUUUGGAGAAUAUCGCAAAAAGGUAACGGUGAGGAUAUUGUAGUUUAUAGAACACUUUUGGAUGCUUUGUGUGAUGAGGGAAAAUUCGAUGAAGCUAUGGAGAUUCUAGGUAAAAUCUUGAGGAAAGGACUGAAAGCACCCAAGCGAUGUUAUAACCGACUUGAUCUUGGUCAGUGUCGUGAUGGUAAAGAUAUAGAAGGCAUUAAACGCUUGAUUCAUGAAGCUUUAGUCAGGGGCUCAGUUCCUAGUUUGGCAAGUUAUACAGCCAUGGCUGUUGAUUUAUACAGCGAAGGGAAAAUCGACGAGGCCGAUAAAGUUAUUAUUGAAAUGCAGAGCAAAGGAUUUAAACCAGCACACACUAUCUUUGAGGCAAAGGUAGCUGCAUUGUGCAAGGUUAGUGAAGUGGAUGAAGCUAUAAAGGCAAUUGAGGAGGACAUGGUGGAAGCAAAUUGUCUUCCAACUGCUAGAAUGUACACUAUUCUCUUGAAAAACCUUCAUAAUCUCGGAUUAUUAACGGCGGUGCUCAAGAGUUUGAAUAAGAUGUCAAAAACAGUAGGUUUCAAUACUGACAAGGAAACUUAUUGCAUUUUGUUGGAAAUGCUUUGUCAUGAAAGGAGAUAUCUUGAAGCAAGCGAAAUUAUGGAAAAAAUGUCACAUAAAUCAUAUUGGCCAUGUGAAGACAGUUACAAUUCACUGAUUAAGGGUCUUUGCGGUCUUGGAAGACAAUAUGAAGCUGUUAUGUGGUUGGAGGAAAUGAUAAGCCAAGGAAAGUUUCCAGAAGUUUCUGUAUGGUAUUCAUUGACAUCUUUGUUUUGUGUCUCGGAUAAGAUGGAAGUGUAUAAUGAGACAUUUAGCUGCCUAACAAGUUUAUGAUUCUUUUACUGUUGUAGUUGUAUAAUAACUAAAUUACUAGAAUACUAUACUUCAAAUUCUUUUA